AUGAGAAUUACCAGGGUGUUAUCGAUAGGGCUAGCACUGGUCCACUUGGCCAGUGCUACAGAUCCAUGGGAUCAGGCCAAGGAGAUGUUACGGCAGGCCGUUAAAAGAACAGACCCUAUCGGGGAAUCAAUCAAAGGUGAGGGAAGUCAUUGGGAACAUCGAGAUGCUGCUCUUUACAUACCAAUGGACUACUAUCAGGAGGAAGAAGAACGACGUUAUGUCUUAUUUUGGAAUGAGAAGUCCACUGAAUGGCAAAGGACUGUGUACAAUCUACUAGUAGAAUCUAGUAAUGAGUAUGAUAACGCAGAGGCAACUUAUGCCCUGGCUCAAUUGCAUUUAUGGGGUGAUUACGAUUUCCCUCAUAACAAGACACUAGCGUUCAAAUACGCCGAUAAAUUUAACAAUCUCACGAGAUGGACAAAUAGUUCUAUUCUUUUCGAUCUUGCAGUGAUGCACUCUACUGGUCUUUUUGGGGAGAUUCCCGUUGAACCACUUAAAGCGGUACUGUGCUAUCAAAGGGCGGCUUCAUUAGGUGACAUACGAGCUAAGAAUGCGCUUGCUUACAAGUACUACACAGGAAGCAAUGUCCCGCGAGAUUGUAACAGGGCUUUACUGCUUUAUAGGGAAAUUGCAGAUGAGAUUCGGGAAUCUUUCACGGAUGAAGAAUGGAACGUAUACUUCCCUUAUGUUGAGAGCUUUGAUGUAAGAAUACCAGACUUUUCUGAUGGCUUAUUAGGGAAGGGAAUAUCUUUGAUGACCUUAUCAACAAAGAGAAUGGCAUCAGCUAGACCAGAUAUAACAUCUUCUUUUCUUACGCGAAUGAAUGGCGGCCAAAUCAUCUUGAACUUUGGGUCCGGUUCCAAUGGAGCAGCUUUUGCAAAUGACGAUGAUGAAAGCGACGACAGGCUAGUUGACAUAUACUACACGGCUUGGGACGAGUACAGGGGAACAUACACAAAGAAUAGGAACUGUGAUGCAGCUAGGCGCCUGUUGGAGGUUACUUUCACCGCUUACGAUUCUCAAGUACCAUACAUGGAUAACUUACAGAGAUUCUUCUAUGCCCGGUGUUUAGACCUACUUGGUCAUAUUUAUUUCACUGGUGAAGCUCAAGAAUCACAAAACAUUGCACUAGCUGAAAAAUACUUAAAGAGGUCUAUCGAGGUUAUCGGAAAAAGCAGUAGUGUAAGAUGCAGGUCGAACAUUGAUUUGGGACUCAUAAAUCAGUAUGUUUAUGGGAACGAGACAGAAGCCAUACGAUACUAUAAGAGAAUGGGCUCUUCUCAAAGUAAUGAUGGAACAGUUGAGUUUCAAUUGUCAAAGUUGAGUAAAAAAUAUCCUACCUUGCACUUGGGGGAUCCAUUUGCACUUAUGCAGACGGCUUACCUACGGGGGCACUCCCCAUCUGUUUAUGAGUUUGCUGUGAUGACCGAGCAGAGUAUCAAUAAUCGUUACAGCUGUGAAGACACUACCUACCUCCUGAAGAGGUUUGUGGAAGAAAAUGAAGUAAUCAUGGCACCUCAACUGAAAAUUGCAUAUGGUGAACUUUUACGAGGUAACGCCGAAGUAGCUCUAUGGGCUUAUGCUCAAGCAGCAGAACAAGGUUUUGAAGCCGCACAGGUCUCGGCUGCUUACAUUUUGUACCAGCUACCGUUCAACUUUGAAGACCCACCCAGAACCAUCCCUGAAAGAAAACUCAUGGCUAUUUCAUACUAUAUCCGUGCAUUCAAACAAGACAACGUUGAUGCAGGUGUCGUAGCUGGUAAUAUCUUUUACGACAUGGGAAAUCACACCAAGGCAAUGAGCAUGUAUCAGAGCGCAUCACUAAAGUUCUCUCCCCAAGCGAUAUGGAACCUAGGAUACAUGUAUGAGCACGGCCUAGGAACUGACGUUGAUUUUCACCUGGCCAAGAGGUACUACGAUCAAGUACUCGAGCACAAUCCCAAGCACUAUUUAUCAGUAAAACUUAGUGUCUUAAAACUUAGACUCAAGUCAUGGCUUACAUGGCUCACGGGAGGUAGAUUGAAAUAUGGGACAAUUGAAGAAGACGACAGGACUAGCAGUAUGGCUGAAUCCUGGUUUUCCAAAUUGACUAGCAGCUUCAAGAAAGCUGGACGAGAGAAUUCUGGUCUUCCUCGAGAUUCUGAAUCAUCCAGAGAAAGUCGUACCACAGCGGCCCAAGAGCAGCAGCAGCAGCAACAGCAACAGCAAGAAUCAGAUGACGACAGCAUAUGGGACACCCUGGAAUCCUUCGGGCUCCAAUUAGAGGACUUGAUGACCAUUGGCUUCGUACUUUUCAUCUUUCUCUUCAGUUUGGUCAUCAGAACUUUGGCCGCCCGUAGAGGUUGGAACGUCCGCAACAAUGGUAUGAGAAUUCAGAUAAAUGGACAGAGACCCCGAGGUAACUUCGACAUCCAAGUAUUCGCCAUCUAG